AUGUUCUCAUGCAUCUACGAAGAGCCUCGAAAAGCAGCUUUUGAAGCAAUCAAACAGUCCAAUAUUCUCACUCAUUGCCCGAACGGAAUACUCCUCGGUCAUUGGAAAUAUCCUCCCCACCUCAAGAACGUGGAACUUCUGAUGCUCACCUCCUCGCGAUCCUUGGGCUACCAGAUCAACAUCGAAACUGGGCCUACUUCCUCCUCGAGUGGCAGAACUCCCUUUCCAAUGCUCAACACCAACUCACUCCCUGGUCGCGACUCUAAAUCCCCGAUUCCAAUGAAUCUACGACCCAGGAGUUUAAGCAAGGUAGACCAUGGGCAACAAACGGUGAACUCUGCCCAGGCGUUGCAGCUGGUGCUGCGAAAGACCUAUACGACCCCUGAGCAUCCUCGUAUGGCAACCAUUGGGGCCAGGGUCAUGAUAUCUGGCAAAAGCUUCUACUUUGUGCCAGCACAUAUAACCUAUCCAGAAGAAUACAUUCGAACCGCAUCCAAUUCAGCGACUGAUUCGCAGUCUGAUGAUGACGAAUACUUUUUUGAAGGUUUUGAUGGGGCGAACGAAGGCCCACCAGAUACUCAUGAGGCAGAUUUUAUGAGCCGGUACAGCUUGACUCCUGGCACAAGCAGCCAAGAGGCAGAGUGGGGUAUGAGUCAAGCCGACGCAGCAUCAGAAUCCCAAUCUGAUCGUCUCACACCCCGGUCAAAAGACAAUAGAGAAAUGGAUGUUAGCCAUCGCCAGCCAAUUCAGAACGUCUCCACCCUCGGUACUCGCGAGUCACCUUCACUGGUUCAUUCUUUUCGAUUGCGGGUGGGAAUGUCCUAUCUUAAAUCAGAAACAUUGGAUUACUCAUUGAUAGAGAUUGAAAAUAUCGACGAGUCUUUGUUAAAACUCCCUGUUUUCUCUCUUCAAAACAUCGCUCGUCUGAAUUCUAACUCAGUCGAUGUCGUCUCAGCAACGGGCUCAGGGAAUAUUCUUACUGGUGUUUUGUCCAAUCGGCGCUCUUUUAUUCGACUUCCGAGCGCUAAAAAGUACAGCGAUGCUCUUCAGGUUCAAUUUAAAGGCUCCCUUCAGCAAAGCGACUCGGGCUCGCUGGUUCAAGACGCAACAACAGGAAUGAUAUAUGGUCACAUCGCUGCAGGGGACACAGAAUCCCAAACUGCAAUUAUCAUUCCAGCUUUCGAUGUUUUCGGCGACAUGGUGGAAAAGUCCAAGCAGGGUCUCAUUUCACCGCUGCCGGAAUCAUAUGACGUAUCAGAGUUCUCGAUAUUGCGCUCAUCAUCCUUUAUUCCGAAAGAAAAUCGAAGUUUUGGUCCUGAAUCGAUGGCUAUUGACAGUGAUCCGAGCAUUGCAACCUAUAUUCCUCCUCUUACCGACCCGAAGGUCUCAUCGAGCCCAACAUUCCAACAUGGGUACUCGCAACAUGAAAUUGGAUCAUUUCCCAGUCUGAAUUCGGGCUUUCAGAAUCUGAAGACCCCACCAUCCAGUGUAGAUCCAAGUAUUCAAUCCACCGAAAGCCAGAGUAUCACAUGUGGGUGGGCGGGCUGUGCAUACACGGGGAGUUUCGCUUCGAAAUCUACCUUAUGGCGACAUAUCCAAACAAAGCAUGUUUCGCCGUCCGAGCACAAGUGCAGAACCUGCGGCAGAGCUUUUGGUCGUAAGGACAAACUGCUCGACCAUUUAAGGACGAUGCACUCCUAG